GCUGCUACCCUACAUCCGGUUGAAGGGUCCUGAUAGCGCGGACUUGGAAAUCGACGAGAAGUUGUGUGUUAGCUAGCCAGUGGCCUGAUAUCUGUAAUAAUGUCUGGAAGAGAAGGAGGAAAAAAGAAGCCCCUGAAGGCACCCAAGAAAGCUUCAAAAGAUAUGGAUGAUGACGACAUGGCGUUCAAGCAGAAACAGAAGGAGGAUCAGAAGGCUAUGGAGGCCCUGAAGGCCAAGGCUGCAGGACAAGGACCUCUAACGGGUGGUGGAAUCAAGAAGUCUGGGAAGAAAUGAAGUGCUGUGUGAAGACGUGUUACAAGACUGGGGAAAACCUCCCCAGGGAAAUCUCCCCCUUUUUAUUUGGGUCCACAUUUGGAAUAUAUUUUUAAUACAAAUGACUGGAGUAUUACAUGCCUCUUGGAAUGAUGAGCUUUAGAAAUAAAAUUGUUGCCAUGGAGUGAAGUUUCACUUCUGUAAGGGUAGUUGACGUAAUUCAUUAUCAUUCAGUAACAGCAUGGGUCUAGUAGUAGCAAAUGUCCGCACAUUUAAUUGUAAUAACAGCAGUGGACCAGCACCGGCGGUUUUAUUUGUCCCCCUUCCUGGGCAUCCUUAGUGCUCCAGCUUAGCCAUCUGCAUUCUCAGCAUCUGAAUCUCCAAGUUCAGCUUCUCUCGCUCCAGCAGGAGAUUGCCUCUCUUUAUUUCCUGUAUAUCCUCCCGCCACUCCUUAGUGUUCAGCAGCUUGCUCUUGUCCACCGCACUCACUUUCCCAGAACCUAAGAACAGAGAAAAUAAAUAACAACAAAAUAAAAAACACUGAAUUUU